AAUUAAGGAUCCAAAGUGUCACUACUGCUGAGUAGUAAAACUGAAAUGCAAAAUAUGAUUGAAACUCAGUCGUAGACGUUUGAAACUGGUAAUGUGGAUAUGCCACCAGUGGGCUCCAGCCGACCAGGGCCACCCAGUAAUACUAGUCUGAGUGGAAGGGGUAACUUGCCUACUACUAUGGCUAAUCUAAACACUCCCACUAUGGUUACCACAGCUUCCUCCUUACAUGAAGGCUUGGGCAAUAAGAACGUACCUACAUUUUCUGCUGCCAGUGUUGGAAGCACGCCCUCGAGUCUCAAUCCCACUUUUAGCAGCCCUGGGUUUAGUAUGGGAUCAACCAUGACAAGCAGUAUGCCACCAUUGAAUACUAUUAACUCUGUACCACCUCUGCCACCACUUCCUCCUUUACCUACAAUGCCAUCGCUACCGCCUAUGCCUUCAAUUCCUCCAAUUGGUAUUUUGCCAACACUGCCACCAGUGCCUCCCCUUCCUCCAAUAGCACCUCUUGCUCCUAUUCCCCCAAUGCCACCUAUACCCCCUAUACCAAGUUUGCCGCCUAUGCCUCUGAAUGCAGGUAGCACUCUCCCUCUAGGAAGCUCUGGGCCCAGUGGAAUGAAUGGCUCUGGGUCUGCCUUGGGCAUCAGUAGUAGCUUGGGUUCCAUGUAUAUGGGUCCCUUGGGUUCAUUGAACCCCAUUCACCCUUGAAUUCUCAUAGUUCAUGAGUAAGGGACCACCACCAAUUAAUCCAGAUGACUUGUAUGUCCAUGUCUAUGGGAUGCCAUUCACUGCAAUGGAAUCAGACGUGAGAGAAUUUUUUCAUGGACUUCGAAUUGAUGCUGUGCACAUGAUGAAAGACCAUUUAGGACGCAAUAACAGAGAUGCAAUGGUGAAGUUUUAUGGCCCCUCGGACACUUUUGAAGCUCUGAAACGACAUGGAAAAAUGAUGAUGGGCCAGCGAUUUGCCAAUGUAUUCCCUGCAACAGAGAGACAAUGGUUGAAUGCUACAGCUGGCUUUAAUGCACCCAAAAGCAUGGGCCCUCCUCCAAGCAUAGGGCAUUAUGGACAAAACCUGCCACCAUUUCACACAUCUCGGUCUGAAUCUCCAAGCCGGCGCGAGCGAUCACGAUCACGUUCUCCUCACGAGAAGGAGUUCUGUGUCUAUUUGAAAGGUUUACCAUAUGAAGCUGAAAACAAACACAUAAUGGAAUUUUUCAAUAAGUUGGAGCUCAUAGAGGAUAGCAUCUACAUAGCCUGACCAAAUGGAAGAGCAACUGGUGAAAGGUUUGUGGUUAAAAAUCCCACUGAUUAUCAAGCAGCAUUGUGCCGCCACAAGCAGUACAUGGGCAGUCGCUUCAUCCAGGUGCACCCUAACAAAAAGGCAAUGUUAGAGAAGUUGGAAAUUAUUCAGAAAAGAACACACAAUUUGUGCAGAGUGAGCAAAAGAGAGAAGUAACAGUGAAAACUGAGGAAGGAUGUGGUUCACCAAAAAUAUGUGGCCACAUAUGGAAUAUACCAUAUAAUGUAACCAAAAGUGAUGUGUUCCAGUUUCUGGAAGGUAUUGGACUAGCAGAAAAUGUGUCC